AUGCAGAGAGUACAUGUCGAUUGCGGAGAGACGUAUGCACCGACUGUAGCGGUUUCUAGCGUUCGCUUGUUGGCAGCGAUGGCGUGUGAGCAAAAUCUUUCUCUCCGUCAUUUUGACAUCAAGCAAGCAUUUGUCCAGUCGGAUUUGGAUGAGGAUGUUUUCAUGCGUCUGCCAGAGGGGUGUGGUAGAUUGUCAGGCAUGAUCGUGAAGUUGAACAAGAGUCUGUAUGGCCUCAAGCAGGCAUCAAGGCAGUGGCAUUCACACUUGGCGAAGUGUUUGAUUUGUUUGGGUAUUAUUCAGUGCAUGGCGGAUACGUGUGUGUUUCGGUUGAUCGGGGAGGGAAGAGUGGUAGUGACUCUGGUGGUACAUGUAGAUGAUAUAUUUUCGAUAGGAGAGGAGGAGAGGUGUGACCAGUUUGGCAGAGACCUCAGGACUAUGGUACCUGUGAAGAAUCUUGGGGACUUGAGAUGGUACCCUGGAUGUUUUUAUGAGAGAGAUUGGGAUGCAGGGACUUUGAAGAUCUCGCAGCAGACGUACGCUGAAGAGUUGGGGAUGGAGUUUGGGGUAGAGUACGGGAAGGAAAUUCCUCUUCCUGUAGGGUUGAAGCUUUCAGAGUUUGACCAGGAUGAGGAAGUGGUAUCAUGGCCUUUUCGUGAGCUGAUAGGAUCAUUGAUGUGGCUGGCAACGCAAACGAGGCCAGAUAUCGCGAAUGCAGUAAGAGCGGUAGCACGGUACUGGGCCUCUCCCAAAGAAAUUCAUUGGAGAACAGGGCUUGGUAUUUUAGGGUAUGUGGUACGGACUAGUGACUUGGGUAUUACAUUCAGGAGGGGUAGUGUAGCAGGGUUGAGCAUGGAGGUGCUUGCAGACGCAGACUAUGCAAGUAAGGCUGCCGAUAGGAGGUCUGUGUCAGGGGGAUUGGUGAUGUGUGGGGGGGGAUGUAUUCCUUGGUUUUCAAGGACCCAGAAGUGCGUCACGUUGAGCACGACAGAGGCGGAGUAUGUCUCUUUUGCGGAUGUGAUGAAGGAAGUGUUGUUUCUGAGGCAGGUGUGGCGUUUCAUGUUACCAGAAGCAGGCAUGCCGUGUAUUCCGGUGUUCGAGGAUAACCCGGGGGCUAUUCAGUUGGCGCAAAACCCGAUAAGCAACAGUAACUCGAAGCACAUUGACGUAAGGCACCACUUUAUCAGGGAACUGGUGGACAUGAAGGAGAUAUCGAUUUUUCACGUGGAAUCGGCGUAUCAACAUGCUGACUUUCUCACGAAAGCACUUCACGCGGGAGAUUUUGAGUUUCAUCGUAACUACGUGAUGAGUAUGGAUUAGUAUAUUGGUGUUUGGAUUUAUUUUGUGUGUGAUCAAACUACUGGGGUGGCAACAUUUUACAUUUUUGCCUAUGGUAUUUCUCAAUUGAUGAUGUUCUAGGCUGGGGGACAACUAGUUCACUGAAGUUCGAAGAAGUAUAACUGGUAUGAUCGGGGAUGGUUAUUGAUGUCUAGCCAGUGAGGCUAUUGUUCUGGAGUUGAAUUGAGUUUCUGAUUUUAUAUUGAUUUUCUUGUGUUUUGGAGCUAUUUAGGAUCGAAAAAGACAUGACAUGGUCACAAGCAGGGGGGCUGAUAGAUAUACUUAUAGCAAUGCCAAGUGGUUGUAGGAUUGUGUGGUGCGUGGAAUGUAUUUCCAGGGUGUGCAAGGUACCCCUAUUGUAUACUUCGUCGCCCCCUCAUGGUGGUGCGUGCACGCGUGCGUUCAGUUCGUGUGAGUUCAUGUGAGUUCAUGUGAGUUCAUGUGAAGGAGAAGUUUAUGCAACAAACCCUACACGUCUUUCCUCCUUGGCGCGAGCUCGCCGAGUUGCCGACACCCUAUUCAACACACGUCUUGCGACAAGCUACCCCCAGUUCGGAUCAUCC